AAACCCCUAUCCAUUCCACUGACACACUCAAAAACCUCUGAGCAAAACUCCGGCAACCGGAAAAAUCCCUCCGACCAAACUCCGGCGAACAUGCCGUUCACCCUCCUCUCUCCUCCACCUUUACCUUCACUUCUCCACCAUACCCCACCACCCCUCCAAUUCAAACCCUUCAUUUCCCUCCACCAUCUCCGCCUCAAGUACCCCACCACCCUCACCACCGUUUCUGCCAUCGGCGCCGACGGUAAGUACUACCCAACCCCCUCAGAUGAUGACCCACCUGAAGCACCGGAAGAUUCAAUGCAUGGUGUGAACAAAUUUCAGCAAAUUCAACGGGAAGCAGCUAAAGCAAGAAAACAACAAGAAGAGCUUUUCAAGAAAGAACAGUCCAUUUUCGUGAAUGCAUUAGCUGAUGUUGAAGAUGCACCUGAUAACCCUCUUGUGAAUGAUAAUGACAGUGGGGAUGAUUUGUUUGGUGAAAUUGAUAAAGCUAUUGCUUUGAAAAGAAAAGAAUUUGUAAAACAGGGGCUUUUAAAGCCUAACCCCAAGAAAUCAGCUUUAGUUGAGGUUGAAGUUGAAGGUAUAGAUGAGUUAUUGCCUGAAGAAGUUGUUGAUUUGGAGGAAAUUAGUGAGCUUACUGGAUUGACUGAAAUUUCGGAAGGCGAAGAAAGUGAAGAAGAAAGGUCUGAUUUUGAGGUAAGUGAUGAUGUGGUUAAAGCUGAAUUUUCAGAUUUAUCUUCAUUUGAUAUUGACUUUGAUGAGUAUGGUAAAGCAAAGCCAAGAAUUGCAGAACCCAAGUUUAGAAUGAGUUUAGCUGAGCUUUUAGAUGAGAGUAGAGUAGUGCCAGUAUCAGUUUAUGGAGAUUUAGAGGUGGAAAUUAGUGGUAUACAACACGAUUCGCGGUUGGUUGAGAGUGGUGAUUUGUUUGUGUGUUGUGUUGGGAUGAAAACUGAUGGACAUUUAUAUUUAUCUGAGGCUGAUAAGAGAGGGGCUGUUGCUGUUGUAGCUAGUAAAGAGAUUGAUAUUGAGGAGACUUUGGGGUGUAAAGCGCUAGUCAUUGUGGAGGACACGAAUGCAGUGCUUGCUGUGAUAGCUGCUUCGUUUUAUAGGCAUCCGUCUAAAAGUAUGUCCGUGAUUGGGGUUGCAGGAACUAAUGGAAAGACUACAACUUCUUACUUAAUAAAGGCAAUGUAUGGAGCAAUGGGGUUGAGGACGGGCAUGUUGAGUACAGUAGGGUAUUAUAUAUAUGGGGAUAACAAGUUAGAGUCUCCUCAUACAACCCCUGAUGCAGUUUUGGUUCAGAAACUGAUGGCAAAGAUGGUUCAUAAUGGGACUGAGGCAUUGGUUAUGGAGGCUUCUUCUCAUGGAUUGGCAUUAGGUCGGUGUGAUGAGGUUGAUUUUGACAUUGCAGUUUUUACCAACUUGACGCGGGAUCACUUAGAUUUUCAUGGGACUGAAGAGGAGUAUAGGGAUGCUAAGGCUAAGUUGUUUGCUAGGAUGGUGGACCCAGCACGGCACCGCAAGAUUGUGAAUAUUGAUGACCCUAAUGCAGCUUUCUUUGUUUCACAAGGAAACCCAGAUGUGCCUGUUGUGACUUUUGCAAUGGACAAUAAGAGUGCUGAUGUUCAUCCUUUAAAGUUUCAGUUAUCUCUCUUUGAGACUCAAGUGCUGGUCAACACACCUCAAGGCAUAUUGGAAAUAUCUUCUGGUUUGCUUGGAAGGCAUAACAUCUAUAACAUUCUUGCAGCAGUUGCUGUUGGAAUUGCGGUUGGGGCACCUUUGGAGGACAUUGUCAAAGGUAUUGAAGAGGUUGAUGCAGUCCCUGGUCGAUGUGAGCUGAUAGAUGAGGAACAGGCAUUCGGAGUAAUUGUAGACUAUGCUCAUACCCCUGAUGCUUUAUCAAGACUACUUGAUUACGUGAGAGAGCUUGGCCCUAGGAGGGUUAUAACUGUUUUUGGUUGUGCUGGAGAGAGUGACAGAGGGAAGAGACCCAUAAUGGCAAAGAUAGCAACAGAUAAAAGUGAUGUGACAAUUCUGACAUCUGACAAUCCAAAGACUGAGGAUCCUUUGGACAUCUUGGAUGAUAUGUUGGCUGGUGUAGGAUGGACUAUGCAGGACUACUUGAAACACGGAGAGAAUGAUUAUUACCCCCCUCUCCCCAACGGCCAUAGACUCUUCGUACAUGAUAUCAGACGUGUCGCUGUGCGCUGUGGCGUUGCCAUGGGUGAGGAAGGUGAUAUAGUUGUGGUUGCUGGCAAAGGCCAUGAAGCAUUCCAAAUAGAAGGUGAGAAGAGAGAAUUUUUUGAUGAUCGAGAGGAAUGUAGAGAGGCUUUACAGUAUGUUGAUGAACUUCACCAAGCUGGAAUUGACACAAGUGAAUUCCCAUGGCGGUUACCAGAGAGUCACUGAUUCGAUGCCAUAAAGUGUAUGUUAAGAUCUUGACAGUGUGCUGACGGCAGAUAGCCAUUGUGGAGUGCCCAUUAAAUUUGAAUCAACAUUAUUAUCAUUUAUGCCGCCAUUAGAUGGUGAUUUUCUAGAGAAAUGGCAACACAACGCCCAAAGCAAACUCCAGUUUUGUAAGAACCUAUAGCCUGAUUUUGACUGGGAUCUCCAUAUCUAGAAUGAGAUUCAUUAAGGGGCUUCACGGCUCUCCCACCCUUCAUUGAAUUAUGUUUGUAUAGGGAAGUACAUAGAGAUGAAGAGCAAUUAUCGAGUUGA